AGCUGGGAGAGCUGAGGUGAAGGCAGCAUUCUGGAGUCAGAUGUCUCUUGCAGCUUUUCCAGAGUAGAGGGAGAGUCCCUGGAGAAGAGCCUGUUUGCAGUGGGAGUCUCUGCAGCAGCGUUUUAGCAGGAGGAUGAGAGGCGGGAAUUUACAGCGUUGUGCCAGGCCCCAGGCGUGGAAGAGGGGGAGAGCCAGGCCAGCGGACGUGUGAGUGGAGCUCCCAGCUGGAAUGCACCAGCUCAGCAAGGGAUGGUCCUGCCGGGGCCAGGCAGGCGCUGUGCCCUGAGCCUGGUGCAUGCUAGAGCUGCCCAGGCCAUGGCUGCAGCAGACGGUACCUCAGCCACCCUCCGGCGCCGCGACCUGUGCAGCCGAGGCAUCCGCCUGGCUGGGAAGAUGCGCUCGGACGUCAUCGACCUCCUGGACACCUAUGUGGAGCGGCAGGGCUUGGAUGCCUCAGCCAGCGUGGCAGCGGUGGAGGGGGUGCCGGCGGCGGCAGUGGAGCGCUGGGAUGAGCAGACGGGGACCCAGCGGCUGCUGGAGAACCUGGCGGCAUACCGGGCCUUCCGGGCCCUGCUGGCCCAGAUGCUGGAGGAGCAGCGGGAGCAGCUAGGUGAGGCUGACACUGCCCUGGACCGGGCGCUGGCAGCCGUCCUGCUCCAGGUCUCAGCCUUUGCCUACCACCUUGAGGAGCUGCUGCGGCUGGAGAGCCGUGGACCCCCCAGUGAGGAGGGGGCUGGGCCCCCCCCAGCCCCCCACCUGGGCCUCUUCGAGAGGAAGCUGCGGGGCCUGGGGGUGCUGCGGGAGCUGGCCCAGUGGGCUGUCAGGUCUGCACGGGACCUGCGGCAGCUCGCCAAGCCCAGCCCAGGCAGCAGCUCGGCCCCCAGCCCAGCUGAGAGCCCUUGACAGUGGAUGUGGGGUCUGAGGCCCCACUGGGGUAUAGCAGGGGGCUCCUUGUCCACCCCUGCGGAGGGCGGCUGGCAGUGAAGGAGGUUGUUCAGGGAGGGGGAUGGACAGGAGGGACCGUGUCAUUGACCCCUGGACCCCCCAUGCUUUUGGUGCCGCUCCCUGUGGGCCCCUUUCCCCAUGGGGAGACUGAGGCAUGAGCCACACUCAAUCCCCAGAUGGGGUGAGCCUCGGGGGUGGCUCGGGCUCUGUCUGCUGGGGGUUGGAACUACCCCCUGGGAAGCAGCUUUGCCGUUCACCCCUGGGUCUGGAGUCUGUGACCCUCAGCGGGCUGUGGCUGUGCUGGCCUUUCCUUUGUAGUUCGGUGGCUGCCUGGCUUGCUGUGCCCAGGUGCUGCCUCCAGGGCUCCUGUGGAGGCAAGACAGGAGCGAAGGGACAGGAGAAUAUUACCUGGUGAAAGGAGUCUUAAGACCUGCCCCCAGUUGCAACACACAAGGCUUUGCCUCCUUCAUGCAGACUCUUUUCUCCUGUCCAGCUCGCAUUUUCUGUGCAUUGAAUUUCUGCUCUAAUUGCUUG